AUGGGGCCUGCUUUCAAGGUUACACGGAUUGGGAUUAGGCAGAGAUUGGCACACAGGAAGUACAAGGACAAGUCUGACGCUAAAGUAAUUGCCAGUAAGAUUAAGCAAAUCCAAGACAAGCCCGACAAGACGGACAAGCCCGACAAGCCCGACAAGACGGACAAGCCGGACAAGACGGACAAGCCGGACAAGACGGACAAGCCGGACGAGCCGGACAAGACGGACGAGCUGCUCGAGCUGCUCGAGCUGCGUGACCGUCCUUAUAAACCCUACUGUCCAAAGUUAACUGUACCACUCGUGAUCCAUGAUGGCGGUAAAACUACUCACACCGUCAUGUCGGUCAAUGAUCCCAUUUACAAGGAAUUACGUAGUAUGUAUUACGUUAAAAACAACUCUUGCGCUCUGCUUCUACCCUAA